AACAGCUGGGGGAUCAAAACCAGCCAUGCCCAGCAUGCUGGCGACCUUCGGCCAGAGUUGGUCUACACGAUGUCAGAGGACCUUUCGGACGAGGAGGAGCAGGAGCUGGAGGAGGAGCUCGAGGAGCACUGGAUCCGCAAGGGCUUCCAACUAAUCCGAGACCUUUGUGGGCCGACGCUGGAUUUGGAAGAGGAUGAUGCUGAAGAGGUGAGUGUGGCAAGGCAGCUGGAAGCUCUACAGGACAUCAGGCGACGCGCCAAGCGCAUUCGCAGAAGACUUGGCGAUAGCUUCCCGAGCAGUGCGGAUGAGGAUACAGAGUGGAUCCAAACUGCGCAAGAUGGGUUUGAAGAAAUCGAACGCCUGGCGCGCGAGGCCGUCGUCCAGCAGAUCUUCAACGCGGCCUCCACGACCGACGGAGCCAGGGUGGACACUUCUGCGGCGACGGUGUCCUCUGCGGCGUGGAUCGUCCGGUUGACACGGCGAAUCGAGGACAUGUUGUUUCCCUUGGUGGAUGCACGUUUGGUCUAUGAAUCGGAGGAAGGAUCCAGUGCUCCCUUUACACAGCCGACUGCCUUCACACAUGGGCGCAGCCCUGCCUGUUCCUGGCCCACUUCCAUGUCCCUGAGCCGUCCGCCCACGCCGAACCGAGCCUUUGCAGUGGAAGCCGAAGCAUCCAAGGAUGUCUUGCGGAGGGAGGAUCUUCUUCACCCGGAAGUGGCCGCAGCGCUGCGCUUGCACGGCCAGGAAAACAUGUGGUCUGGGAACUUCGAAGAAGCUUUGAGCUCUCUUGAGGAGUCUCUUGACAUUGAGCGAAACUUGCGCGAUGGAGAUCACCCUGCCAUCGCUGAAACGCAGCGCUUGAUUGGCAGGCAGAAGAUGGAGGACGGAGAACAGGAAGAGGCCCAACGACACUUGGAAGACGCCUUACUGAUGGACAGGCGUUUGCACAAUCAGGGAGAUCACCAAACUAUUGCUGAGACCUUGCGUUUGCUGGGCUCGAGUUACAGAAAGGUUGGACAGUACGAGGAAGCCCUCAGAUAUCUCAAUGAGGCUAUGGAAAUGGAGCUGCGCUUGGAAGCUCAAGGACUUGACCUUCGCGUUGACAUUGCGUUGACAUUACGUUUGAUGGGCAUCACGCUGUUGGAGAGUUACGAUGUUGAGGCAGCUCUACCGAAGCUGACCGAGUCUUUAGAGAUCUGUCAACGCCAUGGCCGUGCCACGACGAGCGAAGCGCCGCGGUCGCGCGAGCCGGCGCCGGUCGCCGCGAUCCGUUUGAGCUCUCCAGAUCGGCUCAUGAGUGAAGCUCUGAAGUGCCUAAAGGAGCUGUUACACUGGGAGAGGCAGCUUCAUUCAAACCAAGAUCAUCCAGACCUGGCAGGGUUGUUGGAUGAUUUGGGUUCCGAGAUGAUUGAUCAUGGAGAUGAAGAUGCUGAGCGUGAGGGGGUGGUCUAUUUAGAAGAGUCCUUGCAAAUGAAGCGGCGCUUGUUCGGCGAUCGCGAUUGCAUUGUGGACUCCUUGUGCCGUAUUGGCGCAUGCCAGAUUCAGACUGGGCAGCUUCUUGAAGGCGAAAAGUCUUUGGAUGAUGCCCUGCAAAUGGAACGCCGACUGCACAAGGAAGACCACAGAGAUCUUGCAGAGACACUUUUUUUGCUUGGAUCAAUGAAGCUGGAAGAACUAGAUCGAACGGAAGAAGGCCUCAGCUACAUCAGAGAAUCACUGCAAAUGGUUUGCCGCUUGCAUGGACCGCAGGGUGGCUCGAUCGCAUCGCAGGAUCACCCGGAGACAGCGCGAAUGCUGAAGGUCGUCGGGUCGACGAUGCAGGCGCAUGGAGGAGCGAAGUUUCUUGCGGCCACUAGUGAAGAAGGAGAGCGCUACUUGUGUGAGGGAAAGCAAAUGGAGGAGCGACUUUUCGAGGAGAUCCCGGAGGUCGAGGCAGGGCAGCAAGAGACGGGUUUGCCAAAGAUCGCUUGGAGCAGCUACCGUCCAAAAUCUUGAUUCAAAUCAAUCUCACCAUUUAGAGCACCUGCCUGUCCCAGAACCCCCUUGCACAUCGCUGCAAGGGCAAAAUCAUUGUGCUGAGCGCCACAUAGAUGUGGGUUUGCCAGAUUCAGAAGCAGCAGGGGAACUCCUGAAGAAACACAGCAUUCGGAGUUCCAGCUCCAGUUGCUACACCAAGGGGACCUUCACAUUGCACAAGCUUGGCAAUGUCAGUCGAGAAACAGGAGACUUCCAACAAGCAAGACAGUACCUGGAACAGUCUUUGAAGAUGAUGCAUGCUUUGCACGACCACAAAGGCCACCCUGGCAUUGCAGCCACAUUGCAUAUGCUUGGCAGUGCCAGUCAACAAACCGGAGACUUCCAAUAAGCACGGCAGUACUUGGAACAGUCUUUGGAGAUGAAUCAUGCUUUCCACGGCGACGAAGACCACCCUGGCAUUGCAGCAUGAGCUUGGCAAUGUCAGUCGACAAGCAAGAGAUUUCCAGCAGGCACGGCACUACUUGGAACAGUCUUUGGAGACGAGGGAUGCUUUGUUGGAUGACAAAGACAACCCCGGCAUUGCAGACACAUUGCAUGAGCUGGGCAAUGUCAGUUGAAAAUCAGGAGACUUCCAACAAGCGCUGCAGUACCUGGAACAGUCUUUGAAGAUGAAGCACGCUUUGCGUGACAAAGACCACCCCGGAAUUGCAGCUACCCCAGAAACGACCAGUGGUCGACCGUGACUGCGCUCAUGUUGGGCCGCAAGAGGUGCGACGCUAUGGUAGAGCUUGGUAGCUGUGAAGGCGGGCAAAUUCGAGAGAGAUAGAGCAGUUGCAGGCUGGGAAAACACUGCGCCAUGCGAGUCUGCAGCUUGUCGAAGAGGUUGAAGACAGGUCGCUGGGGUGCAUUGGGGUGAACAUGGAGCAAACGUGAACGUCGC